GGCCACUCUUCUCUGGGCUCUUGAGAAGAGCUGCUGCAGGCAUUUGCAGAGUGAAUGAGCUCUGAUUGAGACUUGACUUCAGAACUACUGGGCUGGCCUGGCCUCUUGACACAGCAACACACUGCUUCUUGCCUUCCAGGGAUGGCUCUGAGCUCUCGGGCGCGUGCCUUCUCCGUGGAAGCCUUGGUGGGGAGACCCAGCAAAAGAAAACUCCAAGACCCAAUACAGGAGGAGCAGCCUGAGCUGCAGGAGAAAAAGGGCGGAGAGGAAGAGGAGGAGAGAAGGAGCAGCGCUGCAGGGAAGAGCGAGCCGCUUGAAAAACAACCUAAGACAGAGCCCUCAACAUCUGCUUCCUCUGGCUGCGGCAGCGACAGCGGCGACGGCAACAGCUCUGAAAGUCUGGAAGAGAAAGAUAUUCAAAUGGAGCUUCAAGGAGCUGAACUGUGGAAGAGAUUCCAUGACAUCGGGACUGAGAUGAUCAUUACUAAAGCGGGCAGGCGGAUGUUCCCCUCUGUUCGGGUCAAGGUGAAAGGGUUGGAUCCAGGGAAGCAAUACCAUGUGGCCAUCGAUGUGGUGCCGGUGGAUUCCAAACGCUAUAGGUACGUGUAUCACAGCUCACAGUGGAUGGUAGCCGGGAAUACGGACCAUUUGUGCAUCAUUCCUAGAUUCUAUGUUCACCCGGACUCACCCUGCUCGGGAGAGACCUGGAUGCGGCAGAUCAUCAGCUUUGAUCGCAUGAAACUCACCAACAAUGAGAUGGAUGACAAAGGCCACAUCAUUCUGCAAUCCAUGCAUAAGUACAAACCCCGCGUGCACGUGAUAGAGCAAGGCAGCAGUGUUGACCUGUCCCAGAUUCAGUCCUUGCCCACUGAAGGGGUUAAAACAUUCUCCUUUAAAGAAACUGAGUUCACCACAGUAACAGCUUACCAAAACCAACAGAUUACGAAACUAAAAAUAGAAAGAAAUCCUUUUGCUAAAGGGUUUAGAGAUACUGGAAGAAACAGGGGUGUAUUGGAUGGGCUUUUAGAGACCUACCCAUGGAGGCCUUCUUUCACUCUCGAUUUUAAAACCUUUGGCGCAGACACACAAAGUUCUACACAUACUCUGGGAAUGGACAAGACUUCAUUCUUUUGUGAGGUUGAAGAUGUCUGUGGGAUGAAAAGAGAUGAACAAUUAAAUCAGCAAGUGAUGAUUCAGUGAACCAUUCCAUUAUGGAAGACUUCCCUUUUAUUCCCUAAUCAUUUUUUUAUUAUGCACCCCAGGGAUAAGCCGUGACUCACAUAAACCAGGUAAUACAUAUAUUCUAAGUAUUACUGGUGUAAUGCUGAACAAGAACAUGACUGAAAUAAAUAUUUUGUAUAAGUAUUUAAAAUAUAUUUUACAAAAAAAUAAAAAAUAUAUUUUACAAAGGUCUGCAAACAUGCUAAUGACAAAAUUUAGAUGCUUUAAGAUAAUCAAAUUAUAUGUAUACAGUAGGGUAGUAGGCGGUCAUUAUUUCUUUACUAAAUCUCACCAACAAAUCUUUUCCUUAUCUGAAUAUGCAGUUUGAUAAAUUCCAGAUGUCACACUGUAACGUGUGUGUAUAUACACACACACACGUAGAAUCAGUGGUGUUUUAGUUUUGUUUUGUUAUUAAAUAAUUUACAGUGUUCUGCUUUUUCUCCCACCCCUCCCUAAUAAGAGAUGCUACAAAGAACACCUAGUCGUUACAUACUUAUACUAUUAGUUAUAGAUAGUUUUGGGGAAAGGCAAAUUUAAACACACUUAGAAAUGUCCAACUGCAUAUACUAUACUUUGUGAAUUGAAUUGACAGAGUGAAAGUAUAAUAUUUUUACUCAGAUUUGGAGAUUUGUUGCAUUUGUGCUGAAAAAUUUUUAAUUAGUCAAAGUAACCAUAAUAUUGUGUUAUAAAGCAACAGUUUACCAAUUGACUUCACUAGAAUUUAACAUGUUUAUUGGAGCAGUUUAAAACCAACCAAAUACAUAGCUUAGGCAGUUGCUUUGAUAUAAAUGCCUUAGUAUACAUUUAAUCUUCUUAAGUUUGGCCUGCAAUUAAAUGAUAAUUUGUAUUAAAACUGUGCAAAUAAGCAUGGGUUGGUUGACAACAUAAAACAGAACAAAUAGAUACACAGAACACUGGAAACAUAAUUCAGUAUUAAAACUAUUUACAUGUGUGGUGCUGGCCAACUUUUGACAUGCUGUUUCAAUAAAAUACUGAGAGGAAAAAGACUAGAAUAAUUUCCUUUCGAAGUUUCAAAUGUUCAUGUUUACAAAUUUGUACUGCACAUUGAUAUGUAUACAUACAUUAUAGUCAGCAGAUGUACAAAAAUAGUUACAGGAUCUUUCUACUUAGCUGAAAGGUAUCUACAUGUCUAUUGGCUUUGUCUUUUAAACUGCCUGAGAGUCACAAAUUUUAAAGUUAAAUAGAAUAGAAAAUUUUGAAAUUAUAGUACUUUUUGAUCAAGUUAUUAUAUUUUAAUUGUUGUUAAAGGUGGCAGAAUUUUGAUUUUGGAUUGAAGAUCACAUACUUAUGCACAUGAUAAAGUAUAAUGUAGUAUCUUGGUUGUAGAGAAUGGUAUAAAUAGUUCAAAUUUUUACUAGAACUGAAAAGUAAUAAAAUCAUGAGUUUACAAUGAUUGAAAGUUAAUGUAUUUAAAGACUUUUUAUUGAAUACAUAAUUCAGUCAUCUUUCAUUUUUAUGGUCAUUUUUUAGAACAUGUUGAUGUUUUAGAACUUUACAAUUAUUCAAUUUUGCUUGAAAUUUCGUUUUCACCAUUUCCUUUGUGACAUAAAGAUUUUGUGACCUUUCUACCAAUUACACUGUCUAAUCAUACUGAUUUUCUUCUUUAUUGAUAAUUGUAAAUUAUAGAAAAAAA